AUGGGUGGCAACACUGAACAUAUAGUCGGCCACGGCUAUCUCUCCCUCGGCCAGGCCGUCAACGUUGCUCAAAACAGUGAAGGCGGUGUCGACCAGCGCCUCGCUCAGUUUCUCGAAAAACGCCUUGCCGAAGUCUGGGCAAAACUAAACGCUCAUCCCGGAUCCUACGUUCUUCCUCCAGACGAGUUUGCUCUCUUGAACUACUACCGCACACGCUUUGGAGACAACGAGAUCGGCCCGAAGAGGCCCCCUCCCCUACUCCAGUGCCUACAGCCCGUGCCGCCAGUCCUCAGUCCAGUGGACGGAUGUCAACAGAUUAUCAUGAAGCACACUUUUGCCUCCUCUUACGGUCAGCCAUUUGUCAGUGAAUACAAUCCUCCCGACUGCAGCUUCAACAGGGUUACUUUCAACUUCACCGUCACUUCCGCCGGCACACAGUUUGACAGGCUCGGCCUUAUGUUCCUUGAUGACACCGAGGUUUUUCGGACUUCGACUGCAGAGCCAACGCAGACUGGCAUCAUUUGGAGCUACGCCAAAGACAUGAGUGGUUAUUUGAGCCUGUUCAAGAAGCCGCAUAAAAUCAUUUUCGAUCUAGGAAACGUCGUUGAUUAUAGGUACACUGGCUCCUGGAAUACAACACUGACGGCAACCUUCUUUACUGCGGACGACGAGAUUGAGCCAGCAGAUGUCAUCAUUCCAAUUUCUGCUCGGAAGUCUGUCGAUGACUCCCCAAGCGCAUUCAUUGUACCAGGAACUAGAGCAGUCGACAAUAUCAUGUUGCCGCCAAAUGCCAAGAAAGCCGUGGUGACCAUUUCCGCUUGUGGACAAGCUGCCGAGGAAUUCUGGUGGAACAACGUACUUUCUUCCGACACCAGUGUUUUUGGGGUAGACAAACCGCUACAUGGUUACUCGCCCUUCCGAGAGAUUCAACUCCUCAUUGAUGGACAGUUAGCUGGGGUUGCUUGGCCUUUUCCAGUCAUCUUUACUGGAGCCUUUCUCCCAGUGUUAUGGCGACCAGUAGUAGGAAUCGAUGCAUUCGACCUCCAAGAAGACGAAAUCGACAUCACACCUUUCAUACCAUUACUCAACGAUGGCAAAAAUCAUAUAUUCGAAAUUCAAGUUCUAGGCAUUGCCGAUGAUGGAAAUGGUACGGGCACGUUCACGACAGCUAUUGAAUCACAUUGGGUCGUCACUGGCAAAGUCUUUGUUUGGCUUGACGCAAACACCACGCCUCUAACGGGAACGGCACCCGUGUCAGGCUCAGCCGCUUCUAUUCGGCUGUAUUCUGAUACGAAGGAAGGCACAUAUAGCGCUGGUGUUUACUCUUUAACUUGCUCGGUCCAAGUAGCACGCAGCAUAUACAUCGAGUCGACAUUGGAUGCUGCUGAUGGACGAAGGACGGCCGUAUGGAGCCAGAAUUUGACUUUUUCCCAUAUGGGAAUGUUGAGCAACAUGGGAAACGAUCAAAUUACGCGCCAGUCUACUGUUGGUAAACAAGCUACACUAGCGGGUUACUCGAAGAGUUUCGAAUAUCCUCUUUGGGCCCGUUGGUCAUCCGAGAUCGCGCUGGAUGGCAAUAUCAGCAUUGAUGCAAGCAUGCGGCAAGGAAAACAGGCGCAGCAGUUGGGUGACCUAGCAUUUCCUAAUAGUUGGAAGACGUUUGACUACACUCGCUUGCCAACAGCGUUUUCUCCCAGACAUACUUUUCUUGGCUCCAGCAUGAACAACUCGCAGAAUGCUACAGCACGUGUCCUGGCCCACCCUUUUCUAGGGAAAUCGUAUCGCUCAAGUAGCACAGAGCAGCAUAUGACGCUUAGCGGCGUUGGCACUGCACAUGAGGGAACUGUGGUCCAGGAUAGCACACGUGUCCCCGACCGAGCUGGGCAAGUCUGGUCAGCAAGACCCCCUUAUCAGGAACUAUACGAAAGGAGUAUUGUAGCGGCCAACAAAUCGGUUGUGUAUGACGGUGAAAGUUACGGCGGUCAAGUCCGCGGUCAAAGCACCUUUUCCGCUGCCGGUGGGCAGGAGGUCAAUGGCGCCGGUCACGGUGGGGCGCACGAAUUUGCGGCAAAGCCAAUCGAGGCAAGACUAGGGCGGGGACCCGCUUUGGCGGGAACUUUGACGAAGGUGGGGAGUAGGAGAAGAGCAGUGUGGGACUAG